CUCUCCGCGACCCGGAAGUGCUCGUGGUCCGUCUUUGUGUUUGUGUUUAGCUUUGCUGCUCGCUGUCAAACAUCAGCGGCUCCAAAACACCGCGAUGGAGUGAAGUGUGAGCGCAGAUGAUGGAGGAACGCUUCUCUCUCUGACCCAGAGCCACAUGAACCCGCCUGAACCUGGUUACAUUCGGCUGAAUCCAUGCUUUCUGAUGAACUUGACUCCAAGCCUGAGGUAUUUUACAGUCUGUUGGUUGAGUUUGUUCAGAACGCGUCCAUCCCGCUGGGCCAGAGUCUGGAGGAAUCGGACACUAAAGCGUCCUGCGUCUCGCUGCUGUCGUCGCUCUGCGGCCCGCUAGAGCUGCCAGAGAGCGCUCUGAGUCAUGCCGCCUCCCCGUCGCUGUCAGACUUCGGCCCUGAGCGAAGCCCAUUGGUGGUUCAGCUGCAGACUCCUCCCCCUCCAGCACAAACCCCGCCCACCAUCCUGCAGGACCUCCAGAACCACGACAGCUCGUCUUACGUUCUGCUCAACCUGGCCAAAGGGAUGGUGGCGUCGGCCGAGCCGCUGGUGUUCGUUCAGGACGAUGUGGACGAGGCGCAGGAGGAGGUUUCGGCUGGAGACUGCGCCGAUGGCAGCGUGCCGUGGUACCUGCGGGUCCAGGAGCUGGCUCACGACAGCCUGAUCGCCGCCACACGCGCACAGCUGGCCAGAGACGCACGGGCCGGCAGCAACAGUGACCACAUCCACAGCUGUCAAUCAGAGCCUCGGGUCGGUCGCGCCGCGUCAGAGAAGGUCCACCGAUGCUCGUAUGAGAACUGCCACCGGACCUUCACCUAUCCAGCUCACCUCAAAUACCACCUGAAAACACACAGGAACGACCGUACAUUCCGCUGCGGAGCCGAGGGUUGUGGGAAGAGCUUCUAUGUUCUGCAGCGGCUGCAGGUUCACAUGAGGACCCACAACGGAGAGAAACCCUUCAUCUGCAGCGAGAAGAACUGCAGCAAGAAGUUCACCACCGCCGGAAACCUGAAGAACCACAGACGCACACACACCGGAGAAAAGCCCUUCCUGUGUGAUGUUGAUAGUUGUGGCCGAUCUUUCGCAGAAUAUUCCAGUCUGCGCAAACACAUGCUCGUACACUCUGGUGAGAAGCCGCACGUGUGCUCCAUCUGCGGGAAGACAUUCUCUCAGAGCGGCAGCAGAAACGUCCACAUGAAGAAGAGACACAGCGAUGAGACUCUGCUGCCUGACAGCAGAGACACGGGUGAAGCGCUCACUCAUAGCAGUCUGCUGGAGGCGGACUCCGGCGGUGAUUCGAUGGUCAGCGUGAAUCUGCAUCACGCCAUCUUACCAACUCAAGGUGCGGCGGUCGUGGUUCUGACUCCGCCCCAUGACCUGGUCACCAUGACGACGGCCCACGGCUACAGCGAUGACGUGGUCGCUCUGCUCUAACAGCUGCUUUUGUAAAUAAACUAUUUUAGGAAAAACACGCUUCUCGAUUUCAUCAU